GCUUAUGAGUCACUAUUUUGGCUAUCUCGUUACGGGUAGUUGAAAAAGCAGGUAGAAAGAACGAUCUAAUCAUGCUUACGGAAAAAGAUCAGCUCGUGUCAGCAGAUGAGGAGAAGAUCAAAACGGUGGGACGGAUGACCAAUGUUGCUUUUCGAUUAGGGAAGAGCGACCAGAGCCCGGUUUCGCACGUCCUCACACGAACUCUGACGCCGUACCUUCAGUGGUCAGCGUGCCUGGAGGAGCCGAGAAGCGGCAACAACCCGCCAUCGCAACGAGGAUAUAUCGACCCGCGGGGGAUAGUUGGCCUCGCUUUCUUCCAAGAUCGAACAGUCUUCGAAGACGAGGAGCUAGCGAUAGAAGAAGAAUCGGAAGAAGAAGAAGACGGCGCAAAGGAGGAAGAAGAGGAGGAAGAAACACCAGAAGAAGGCAGUUAUAGUGAACACAGCGAGGGAGAGCAGAGUGAGGACGACGAAGAAGAAGAGGAAGACGAGGAAGAGGAAGAGUUGGAGUUGGAAGAAUCCGAGUGGGAAAUCUCGGCGGAAGAGGUGGAACGAACGGACGCUCAGGCGGAAGCCAUAGCCGCCCAAGCCCGAAGAUGGGGAUGCGGCCGGAAAGCGACAGCUGGAAUUCGCAAGCAGAGCGAAUCUGUCGAUCGCCGUCGAUCUAGCCAAAGAUCGAGGCGGCACGUAAACGAGAAGAGAUCCCAGCUGCCGAGACUUCGAGCGCACCGGCCAGGCGGCGACGAAGCCGAUCCCCCUCCCCCUCCACCUCCGACCGGCCACCAGUUCGAGCCCGUCUUGAUGCAGGCCAUCAGGCUUCGUCCCCAGUCCUUAUCCCGUCGUCCCCUUGAUCACUUCACCCUCCGCCAGAUCACCACCCUCGUCACCUUCCCCCGUAAUCCCUUCCCGAUUGAUACCUUCUGAUUUUUCUACGCCACCCGCCUUGUUGUCACUGUUCACCCCCAUCCCUCGACCCGGUGCGCCCUUCCCGACUU